CUUCACUCGUGGUACCCGAUGGCGGAAUACCACGCCGCAGCAUGGGCAGUCGGCGGUUGCGCUAUAUACAUGAGUGACAAACCCGAAAACCAUGACUUCGAUCUGCUGAGGAAGCUUGUGUUUCCUGACGGAUCAAUCCUGCGAGCCAAACUGCCCGGGAGACAAACUGCACUACCGUUGUCGCGGAAAUUCCGUGCGAUGGAAGCUUCUAGAGCCUGCUGGUACUUCCUAGCCAGAAGCCCCACGAGCUCGACGUCCAGCCCUACAACCACCACCCCACGCACAAGGUGCUCUGCUCUUGCUCACGUCUAGCACCGUCUCUGGCACGGUGGUGCUUCUUGAGGCGACCGGCGUGACGGCGGCGACCACAAGGUCUCCA